AUGAGAGUACUCCAAUGGGCCGUCUUGGGCCUCACCGGCAUCGCUACCGCCGCCGACUCUAACCUUACAUCGCGAAACAUCCUCCCCGGCACCUUUACGCCGCCGCCAGCUUUCAAGAAUGUGAAUCUGGUACGGAAUAUCAACCUGGAGAAAGCGUAUCCUCGCGAAACACUGAAUGUGGUCAUUGAGAAUGUGGCCAAGACUGCGCAACAAGACUAUUUCCUUCCCUUUGAGCAGGGUCUGAUUGGUCGUGUGGGUGGAUUGGAAGUCAAGGACAAGAAGCAGCCGGAGCGGAGCGGCUUCAGCGUUGAAGUCGUGGCCAUUGACCCGCAGGACACCACCGAGUACUACAAAAUCACCCUUCCAACAGCUCUCGCACCGGCCGAGCAGUUGACGCUGUCCAUCACCUACCACAUCCUCAGCGCUCUGACGCCCCUCCCGGCUUUGAUCGCUCAGAAUGAUAAGCAAUACGUUCUGCACAAAUUCUCCGCCUACGCUCCUUCCGCAUACCCAACACUCAAACAGAAGACCAAGCUCAAGCUUCCAACAACCGACGUCCCGGAUGUCGUGAAGCUUCCGUCAGCYCUCAACGCGGAAGGCAAGGACGACCCUCAGAAGCAGGGCUCCACAUUCACGUACGGUCCAUAUGGAGAGCUUGAGGCCGGUGCGGUGCAGGAAGUCAGUCUCCGCUAUGAGUUCACCAAGCCUCUCACCCAUGUCAAGCUCCUGGAGCGGGACGUUGAGGUCUCACACUGGGGCGGAAAUAUUGCGACUGAGGAGCGUCACUGGUUGACCAACCGCGCUGCUGGGUUGAAGAACCACUUUUCGAGAGUCGCAUACCAGCAGAGCAGCUACUACAACCCUCCAACCAGCGCAUUGAAGGAGUUGCGCUUCCCGCUUGUGACGGGCAGCUUGGACCCCUACUUUGUGGAUGACAUUGGAAACGUCUCGACUUCGAGAUUCCGAUCCAACGUCCGGGAAGCCAACCUCGAGCUCAAGCCAAGGUAUCCCAUCUUUGGAGGCUGGAAUUACAAUUUCAAAGUCGGCUGGAACGGAGAACUCCAGAACUUUUUGAGAAGGACAGAGAAAGGUGCCGAGAGUUUUGUACUAAAGGUGCCUUUCCUGGAGGGACCUAAGCAGGCCGAGGGUGUCGAGUACGAGAAGGUCGUCACGAGGGUGAUUCUGCCCGAGGGCGCGAGCAACGUCCGCUUCGAGACGACCGUGCCACUCAUCUCCAACACCACGACUUUGGUGCAUUCUUUCAUGGAUACGCUCGGACGCACCACGCUUACACUCACCGCCAUCAACGUCGUUGACGAUAUGAGAGAUCGUGAGCUGCUUGUUGUUUACGACUAUCCAUUCGCGGCGAGGUUCCGAAAACCUUUGACUAUCUUCGGAGGUGUCAUGCUGGUGUUUGUUGUGAGCUGGGUUGUUGGCAAUCUUGACGUCAGCAUCGGGAAGAAGCAGAUCAAGUGA